GGCGUCAUAGUUGACGCACGUAUGUCGUCGUAAAAGCACUCGUGGCAUUCGCCAAGCGUCGCGAGGAUGGGCGCCGCCGAGACGUCGAUCUGCAUUUCCGUGCUGUGCUUAUACGUCCUCAGGGCCACACCACCACCACGUGCUUUCAAUCGUCUGGCUUACGCGAAAGAACCUUCCUUGGAGAUUAUGCCAAGCGGGGAUACACAGACGAGGCCAAUCGGCUCCAGUAUCAUCCUGACGUGCAAACCGAAAGUCGACGACACCAAGCUGAUCAAGGACAUGCAAUGGAUCGACCCCCAGGAUCACGUGAUCGAAUCACUCAGACUCGUCGUCUUGCCGGUGGAAAGCACCCCGGGUCAUUCGCAGCCGCCCAUGUAUACAGAAUUGCUCCAGGACAACAGUUUGUCUUUGUUCUUCAACUCUCUGCAAGAACAACAGGCUGGGAAAUACACGUGCAAGGCCACUUACGCGAAUUCGAUUCAGCUGGAGAAGUCUGUGACGAUCGAUACCAUAGUUGCGAUUACUUGGGACAAUGCACCGUCCAAUCAAUAUCCUAUUCUGGGAGAAGACUACGCUAUUCAGUGUAAAGUGCGAGCAAGGCCUUCACCCUCGGUCGACUGGCUGUACAACGGCGAAUUAAUUAAGACGAACGACCACUACAUUAUAGACACGUAUGCUCUGAAGAUCAAGAACGUUCAAGAAUCCGACGACGGCAUCUACACUUGCCGUGCUUACGUAUUGACCACUGGAGAGCUGAGGGAACGACCUAUUCGCGUCGAGGUCCACAUACGGCCGACGGUGGAGGAGUUCCCCGCCCCGGUGAAUGUGAUCGAAGGGGAAGACGCAAGCAUACGAUGCAAAGCUCAUGGCAAACCACCGCCAAAAUUUACCUGGGUGAAAUCGCUCACGCACCAGAAUCUUUCGAACGCCAAUCGCUUCGGGGUGGACUCUGAUACGGGAAUAUUAACCAUCACGAACGUGAAUCGCGAAGAUGCAGGGGAGUAUCAAUGCACGGCGAUAAAUUUAGCCGGUGAAGCGAACACGAACAUCAGGGUAAACGUGAUCGUGAAGCCAAAGAUCAUGGAGUUCUUGAACAGUACCGUGGUACAGGAUAGCGAGGCGAAUCUUGUCUGCAAGGCCUUUGGCAAACCUCCACCCCAAGUCACCUUUAGGAAGCUCACCGACGAUAAACCGUACGUGAAAGGGACGCAACUAGACGACGAUAGAAUCAUGCUGACGAACAGUGCCGAUGACACGAACGGCGAAACGAUCGGUACAUUGACGAUCAAUAAAUCUCUCAGAUCAAACGAUGGACUCUAUGAAUGUAUCGCUGAGAACGCAGGAGGCGAAGCGCGUAGAAACGGUCAUUUAACUGUCGAAUUUCCGCCGUCAUUCGCUUCCAUGCAGAAUACAAGCUUUUGGUCAUGGGAACAGAGACCUGUGAACAUCAGUUGCAUCGCCGAGAGCAUACCGAACGCUACCAUUCGCUGGACCAUGUACGGCGAUCAGAAAAUCGACAAUGACAACAUGAUCAAGCAGCUGGGCAACGGUCCUCUGUCUACCCUGAUGAUUGUCCCGCUGGACAAGCGGUAUUACACCACUUACAAGUGCAUCGCGUCUAACAAGCACGGCACGCGGGAACGCAAUAUCGAAUUGAGAGAGGCCACGAAGCCAGCAGAAGUGUUGCAGGCGAAGAUGUCUGAAAUUACUGCCACUACGAUUAAAUUCGAUCUCGUGCCACCUAGCAGCAAUCCUGAACUGCCUGCGAGGACAAUUACCGUGCAGUAUAAGGAGGAUGGGCAGACCUGGAUGAUGGCGAAAAACAAAACAUGGUCUACUAAUUCAUCCUACGUCUUGGAAGAUCUGAAACCACAGACUUCGUACGAGUUCCGAUUCGCAGCUAGAAACGUGGUCGGCCUUGGUAACUGGGGAGCGUACCAUCGCGAAAUCACGCCCGGAAGGACGUUCCCGAACGAACCAAAGAUAAUGAUGCCUAGCGGAGAGUACGAUGUGUCCAGGUUCAACAAUCAAUACGAGCUAACUUGGUUAGCGCCAGCCGAUAACGGCGAGCCGAUUGACAUGUACCAGAUCAAAUACUGUCAAAUAAAACGCGUUUCUGGCGAGUGGGAGGUGUUAGAGAAUACCUGUCGAACGGAAGACAUCAAGACACAAGGAAGGCUGAAACACUGGAUCAAGAACUUAUACUCCGACACGUUCUACAAAGUGGAACUGAAGGCGCACAACAUAAUGGGUUUCAGUAAGCCAGGCUCUGGGAAGUUUAAGACCGCCAGAGAAUCUACGGACCACUAUGGGAACGGCAGUAUAGUUACUUCCGCUGGAGGUACUCGCAAGCUCACCGUGACCGCCAUUGCCACAGCAAUAACGAUCCUAUUUCUAGCUAUUUAAAAGAAACAAAAAAAAAAAAAAAAAGAAAGAAAGAAAAAGUAAACGAAACAAACAUAAAAUAAAACUGCAGAAAAUAUUAAAAGAGAUCAACGUCAUGAACGGUCGCUGUUCACGCUCUAAUCUUUCCAAUUUAUAGUGUACACGUUUUAAAAAAAAGUGGUAUACAAAUACGAACGUACGAAUGUUGCUAUAUAAUAUCACAGAGAGAGAGAGAGAGAGAAAGAGAGAGAGAGAGAGAGAGAGUGCAACCAGAGACACAAAACACAAUGGAUAAAAAAGAAAUGAGAAAAGAAAUUCUCGUGUAAUACGUUCCGUGUUCGUCAAGUUUUCACUUUUUACUCUAUAGACGUGUUUCUGCCGCGUGUUUCAUUUGUCGAACGCGCAAAGAUGUAUCGCAACUAGCACACAAACCAAACACGAACUACACACACAUACGCAUACACACACACACACACACACGCACACGAUUAACGAUUAUUGUAAAGUGAGUCACUUAUUGUUAGACCGGUGCACAACAUUCCAACGUAGAAACAUUAGCGAAUAAGUGGGAUUCGAUGAUGUUCGCUGUGUUGAAAAACAGUGGAGGAAACGAGAAAUAAAAAUGAUCGUAAUCCAUUGUAAAUUAGUAGCGCGUCUUAACGGUAAUACUUGUUCGUAUGCUCGCGUCGUUACCUUUUUUUUUUCCUUUUUUUUAGCGAAUAUACGGUUUCGUGUUUUUGUAUUAUUUCAAGGUAAAAUUUUAUUGUUUCGAGGAUUCGCAACUCGUGAUUGAUAGUUUAGUAUAACGUAGAUUGGUGAUCAGAUCGGGACAGCAUUCGGGUGGAAUAUUAUAAAUUGUGAAUAUUCGCGAAUCAUUCAGAGUAAAUUGCAAAAUAGCGUUGUAUGUCCAGCUCGAAAAUCAAUUUAUUCAAAGGAUAAUAUCACGAUCAUCGAUGCAUUAGAUGUAUCGUCGCGUGCAUCGUGAAUCCAUUUUAACAUAACAUUAAAUUAAGGGGCUGAGACACGUAUUGCCUUGAAUUGCCAAAUGCUUAGUGUUAAAACGCGCAAGGUAUUACAUUGAAGACAAAAAUGUUCAGCACAUUGUGCAGGAGUGUUCAUAGAAUUGAAUUUUCGACUUUUCGAUCGUCGAAAGGGAAUAAGAACGAAUAUAUAUAUAUGUAUUAGGUUGCUUCGUAAAUUCUGGCUCGUGAGAAACAAUUUUCUACAAAUUUACACGAUAUAUUUAUGUGCGUUAUGCCUCUUUUAUAAAAAUCUUGAAAUCUGUCAUUUAAGAAAGGACUCGUUAUAUAUCUUAUGGCCCCGAAAUUAUUUAAUUCCUUCCGUCCAAAAUAUUCUCUGCUGGAAAAAAAGGAGUGAGAAUCCGUUGGUGAAAAUGUGGCAUAAAAUGCACGUAAAAUACAAAACCACAUAAGACAUCUAAAGUAUAGUAGUGAUAAUUAUAUUUAAUAAGCGAAUCAUACACUUUUAAUUAUUUUCGUAUAAAUACAAAUUUGCAUAAAUAUUCACAGUCUAGUCAUUAUAAAAAAAAACCCUUUUAAAUGCCUGAUUAAAAGAUCGAUGAAAACAUCUUAUUCGUUUGUUCCGUAAACUCUAAAAACGCUAUUAAUAUCAUAUCAACUUAUAUAGCAAUGUUAUACGUGUUUAUUAUAACGCUGAUAGUCUACUUACAUGUGUGAACGAAGAGGCGGACAGAAAUUAUGCAGCAAUCUAAUACAAUUUGCUCAAUAUUUCGAAAGGAAUAAGAAACGUUAUUCGAAAAACUCUAGCUAAAAUUGUAUUUAAUAUCGGGUCUGCCAAGGGUAUUUUCUUGUUUCUCGCCACUUAGUAGAGUACAAAUAUUUUUCGAAUGGAAUUUUUCGCGAUUCUCGCGGUUCGAUUUGCAACGAACGAUUCAACGUGACAAAGGAAAGGAACAACGAGUAGAGCUACAGGGGUGAAGCAAUUUCUUCGUGGUGUACACGUAGAAACACGAACGCAACUCGUUACCAUUUCUCUACAGACGCAACACGUCCGUCGAGGAAAAGAAAAUUCCAAAAAAAAAAAAGAAAAAAGAAAAAGGAAAAAGACACCGGGAUAAAUCGUCCGCGAAAAAUCCGUUUUCGUCCGAGCUGAACUAGCGCUCUUUGCAUAUAGCCUGACCUGCCUGUGGCUAACUACUUUUCUCUUUUUCUGUUUGUGGGUUUUUUUUACCAAUUUUCUCGAGGAAGGACAUCCGAGGAGUUUUUACACGUUUAGAGCCAAAGAAAAAGAUACACUUGCAAAUACUUAGACUUACUUAAACCACGCUUCGCGUGUUUUUACGCUGAACUGAACCCCUCAACUCCUUAAAAGAACUCACAUAGGACGUGUGAACACGACGACGCGAUAUGAUCGUCGAUAAAUAUGAUCGUGACCGAGUACACGAACUAUUCGCGAGUUAUAAAACAAAAAAAAAAAGAAUAAGAAGCUAAAUAUGUCUAUAAACGAUGAACCGAAACCCAAAUGAUAGAACAUCCGCACGAAACGGGAGAAAGCACCUUUUUUCUUAACCAUUUAUACUUUUAGAUUGCGCCUAAAAAUUAGUUUUCUUAACUGGGUUCAUUUUUCAGCCGAUUGCAUAUACGAUUUUUUCUCUCCUCUUGUGUAUGGUUAAUACAUUUUUUUUUCUUUUUAUUUUUAAUUGUUAUUCAUUGUUUCUCUCUUGGGAAAUUUUCAUUAACUUUUUUACCAAGUGAUCGGACUUAGUCCUGCUUGAUUAGCUCUUGGACCAUACGUGUUUAGUGCGCAUGAUGUGUGUUAUGAUUAUCGAUUAUUACUAUUAUUAUUAUUAUUAUUAAUUCUACCAUUGCUAUUAGCGUUAUUUACUAUUAUUAUUUUAUUACUAUUAUUAUUAUUAUUAUUAUUAUUAUUAUAUUCACGACGUACGCUGCUGCUACGGUUUACUAUAAUUAUUAUUAUCAUUAUUAUUGUUACUAUUACCAUCGUCGCUACAUAUUGUCAAUAUCGUCGUCAAUUAGUUUACCUGACCGCACUUAUUUUGUAUACCGUGUGUAUCGUCAUUACCAUUAGUAUUAUCAUCACAACCACCGUCACGAUUAUCGAUUACGAACGUCGCCACGAUCAUCCACGCUGAUUUCUACGUAUCUUUUCUUUUCUUUUCUCUCUUUUUCUUUUCUCGUUGGAGUGAGAAGCAAAAGAACGAGGACGAGAAAAAAAAAAGAAGUAAAGAGAAGGAAAGGUGCUUCAUAAGAGGCAAAUAAAUCGAAUAUCGAGCAUCGAGUCUCAAGGUACACGGUACACUGAAUACUCUGUCGCGUCUGAAAUACAAAUGGCCCCUUGUCCACGAGUAUCGAUCGCGAGUCAUCGUUCAACGAAUGCGACAGGGUCGUCGCAACCUCGAUCUCUUAAAUGUUCGCUCUUGCCUUGGGUUUUCUUAUUGUUAGAUGUUAGAUUACGAUCGCAUGGCAUGCGCUUCUAUUGUUUCAUAUAUAUAUAUAUAUAUUUUAUUGUAUUUUAUUCCCUUUUUUAAAAUGCCUCAUUAGUUUUGUUGAUUCUUCUAUUAUUACGUUCAUUAUUUCUUUUUUGGUACCGUUCGUUUCAUUUAAUUUAGCGCCGCUCGCCUGUCUCUUUUGUUGGCGACACUCUCAUUCCAUCGAACACAUCACGUACCUUUGUAAGUACUCGAGGGAUUCCACGUGAUCAGCGAUUGUAUGUUAACACAUUUGAGUGUGCUUAGGUGUAAGAAGAAUUGUAAGAACGAAACUGGGUGAACGUUCUAAUAGCGACAGUUGUUUAGUAACAUUGUUGAUACAGCUUUUAGCUGCAUACAUGCAUACAUAUAUGUACAAUAUGUAUAUCUGUCAUAGCAUAAACGCAACGAGUUUCUGGUGCACGAUUUUCUAUAUAUCAAUGGUUUCUUAUUCAUUGUACGAUAAUGUGUUCCAUCGGAUGUGGUCGAUCAAACUACGCACAGUAAUUAUUGAUAUUCAACAAUAUUUUUAUACAGAAUAUCCUCUUUUUUCGUAUGGGAAUAGUUAUUAGUAAUACACGAAACGAAUGAUUUAUAAUAUCUUUGAGCGCAAUAAUUAAAAUCUGUAAGGGGAGGCAGGGAGAGGAAAUACGAACUGGUUCGUUACCGACUUUAUUCUGCGACGACCGUCUACAAACUGACUUCACCGUCGUUGUCCUCGUCGAUAUAUCCACGUGCGCUCCGACGGAAAUGCACUUGGCAGCGCGGUAUCGGUUAUUAACGCUUUUGCUGAUCCGCAGCUACGGAAUGUGCUCUCUGAGAUGCGCAUCAGAGUAGUUUUAACGAGCUAACCAUGCUAAGAAUGAUAGAAAAGGGUAUAUGUUAACACACGUAAUUUUAUGUUUCAAUUUUACUUUGUCUAAAAAUAUUGCAAAUAUUAGAAAAUACAUGCAAGGAAACUCGGUUUAUAUUUUCUCUGCAGUUACUAUCGUUGCGCAUAAUCCAUCAGGGUUAAAUAAACUUUGUGUAGCAACGUCUUUCAAAUUAUCAAUGCACAAACUUCUUACGAAUCUUACUCAUUAUACAAAUAAGAUUUAAAACACACAUCUGAAAGAUUUCCAUAAAUCGCUAAGUAAAUGCAAGGAAAAAGAAAUUUCAUUCCACAAAUUGAUAGAAGAUGAGAGUUUGGAACGAGUUACGCGGCUGACUUUUUUGUGGAUUUCCGAUCCCAUUGAAAAUGAUAACAAGCACCUGCACCAGAAUAUCGUUGUCCGUGCGAUCUAUCAUGUUCCUAUGAAUAAAAAAAGAUAUCGCUAGUAUGGGAAUAUCUCUGGUGGCAGCACGAGGGAAUGAAUGAUCGUACGCGAUUCAACUGUCGCGUGUCGAGCGUUCGCCCAGAAUGUCGCGUUUUAGAUUCAUGUAAACGAGUCGUACGAGGUUAUAUUUCACGUGAACCGGCUCGGCCGUGAAGAUAAAGGCGCAAGUGGGUUGUGUAUGUUUGAUCGCUUUCCUUCUUUCUUUUUCUUUUCUUUUUUUUUUUUUUUUUUUUUCUUUGUGAUCGAUCGAAUCCUGAGCUGGCCUAAGAUUCUCGAGUGCCGAGACGAACGAAUGUAUAUUAGAUGUAUUAUACGAGUGAAUGGAUGAAAAAUCUCGCGAUUUCUAUGAAAUGGAAUCGAACGAUGCAAGAAGAAACACUGUGGUUCCGAGAAGAAGCGGGCGGAAUUUUUUUCUCCAAAAAUUUGUGACUUUCUUCUUUUUGUUUGGACGAAAUAUGGCGAAAAUUUGCGCUGGAAAUUGGUAAAUAAAAGUCGUACAAGUAUACAGGUGAAUGUUAAUGUACAUUGAUGGUUUAUUUAAAUUGAUAUACAUCUAUGUUAUUAGGCUGGCUAUUCUGAGAUAAAUAAGAAACUGCAUUUCAAAUUUUUAUAGCAUUCAACAGAUCUCGACUACAUCUAAAAAUAUCCUAAUUUUAAUCUUAUGGUAACGAUAUAAAAUACCGACAUUUUACCAAAUAUUUUGACGGUUUAGGUGAAAACAUUAUUUGGCGCCUCGUGUUAGUUUGUCCAAAUCCAUCACAGAGACAUCCAAAAUUCGUCUGACGGGCAACAUGUUACUUAAUCUACUUAAAUCAUCGCCAUUUUAAAUCAUAAUUUAUCAAAGUCUUAUUUAUGCUAAAAAUAAAACAAUCGUGAAUUAUCCUUUUAAAUAUCAACGCACAUACUCGCACUGUAUAACUAUGCACCAACAUCUACUUUAUUAUCAAUCACAUGUUUCUAUUCACGGCCAUUCCAUCCAUUUAAUCAAAAGAAAAAAAUAUUACUCAAAAGCAUAUCAACGAGUCACCUAAAACCUCAUCUUCGCGCAACUCGUCCCGUCUGCAAGGGAAGGGAAACUCGUUCAACAGAACAGACUAUGCAUUCCAAAACGCGAGAACUCGACGAAGAAACAGUAGUUAACGAGGCACCGAUCCCACUUCCGGCUAGUUCUCGAGGAACCUCUUCUUCCCCGGAACCACGGGAUCGCAUCGCGACUAGUUUUCGCGAAUCUGCGCGUGUUCCUCGAAUCCUCGCGUCUCGAACACGGAAUUCUCGACUUCCGACCGUCUUCAACUUCGCCCUCUUGAAAAGAGCGCGCAGAGGUACGCGAGUCGCUUCCGGUAGCGCGCGCACCAGAAACAGAGAGAGAAAGAGAGACGCGAAUAGACACAGUGCACGGCAUAUAAAACUCGUGUCUCGGUCGAAGACGAAGAGAAGCGUUUUCAUCUUCGAGGCUGCUUUUGAGCAAGGUUCGCGGCACGAGGAGCGUGCUCGUCGGCGCGUGAAGCGUUUUCGCGCCGGCGAAGACAAUAGGUCGCCUCAGAAUCAAGCGGAAACGAGCGAGAAAAUCGUUUCUGCUGUUCGAGUCUCGCGAAAACCUAUCCUCGUCCUUUUGCCAUCGAUCCGCUAGGCUUGUUGAACGAUUGCCAAACGUAGAGAGAAAACAGGGAGAAGAGAGAGAAAGAGAGAGACAGAUGAGGAGGAUUUCUCGUAAUUUGUAGCGCCGUCGAAUACCCACGAGGCUCCAUCAGAAUGAGAUCUGAUUCAACCGUGUCCUAACGUAAUUUUGUCCAAGUUAAAUCGCUUUUGAAGAGAUGGACAAUACAAGAGAGAGGGAGAGAGAGCGAAUCGUCGAGAUUGCGUGGAUCUCCCUUUUUCACGACGCGUUCGCGAACGUUUCGGCAGAAUUACCAAUCCAGUUUCGAGAAAAAGAGUAAAAUAAUGGGUUUUAACUCUCUUCGUGGGCCGACGGAUAUACUGCGUUACGAGACAAACUGGUAGAACGCAUUUUCGUCAGGCUACGUAUUUUCCACGUUCUGGCCACACUGAAAAUCGAUAAAAAUCGGGCUAUGCAAGUCUCAUCCGGAGAAUUCGUGGCUGGGUAAACCGCACCGUGAAAGAUAAUUCAGGAACGCGUUAAUGGCGAAGCCGCUCUGGCUUGGACGAUACCAGCUCCGGAAAUAAAAGACCACGUGAAAUUGCUCGGUGACCUGAUUCGAUUCCACUAUUUUUUUCGUUUAAACGAUUUAAUCGUCUGAUUGAUUCAUCUGCACGUUUGUGCAAAGACGUCUGUGAGAUUUCCGCGAUGAAAAGAUUUCUGACGUCUACUGUUAUCAGAUUUUGCUCAUCAAAUAUUAUUUUAUACGCUGGAAUGGUCAUUUCGAAACUACAGGAGAUUUCUAUUUAUCUAAUUUGAUUAAUUGAAUACGAUAUAAUAAUUCAUAUAAUAGAAGGUUAUUUAAUAUCUCAUUCAGGCAAAAUUGUGUUCAAAUAAAUGGACUCUGUGUGCAAUUCAUUUGACACUAAUUAAAAUUUCAUUUGAAUAAAGAGGAUUCUAUCACAGUUCUUCCUGGCUCCUCGUUUUUCGUUGUUUCUCCUCUUCCUGAAUGUUCCUUUUAUAGCCUUUUAGCUUCUUCUUCUUCGACCUUCUUCUAUUUAUUCAUAAUCAGCAGUUUCUUCUAUUUCUUUGCUCAUGCAUAAAUAACGUCGUUUCCUUGAGCUCUUCCCUUCGAAAACAAGGAAAUAGCUUAAUUUUUGCAAUCUACUUACAAUCCACAUAUUUUUUAUCAAACUUCUUCCUUCCAUCUUUCUUCUUGAUCAAAGUUCUUGAUCAACCCUUGCAUUAUAUGGGACGAAUCUUCUAAAGGAGAGCAUCGUUUGAUUAACUUCUCUUGAUCAGGCGUGAGUUUUCUUGACCAAACCGGAAAGUCAGGAUGGUAGCGCGAAAACGCGCGGAUAGAAGGCAGAUUUCGAGAUUAAUCGGUGAAACUCGGGAUAAUGGCUCGCUUGUAACGCAAUUAAAACUCCGCAGGCUGGCCUCGCGGCCAGUAACUUAUAAUAGAGAGCGCAAGAACCUUGGUAAACUGCAUCCUGUCCUCUUGUUCGAUCUUCUCUCUUUCCUUCUCUUCUUGUGUAGCUUACCGCGUUUCGCGGAGAUGCAAUUUUGUAACUUAAAACGCCGCAGAGUCUGCCGCGAAACUGCUUCGGUCGGAAAGAUCAGAAACCGGCGUCGGUGAGAUAAUUUCGAGGAGGAUGCAAAUGGGCCCCGGCGAAGAGAGGCGCCUUCUGUUUCCCAGCUCUCAGCUUCCGAGUGGAAAAAACGCGCGAGAUCGUCGACGAAAGUGUUGGCACAAAGAGCUGUUGUAGCUGUGAAAUUGUUUAUGAACUCGCGUAGAACAGUCUGACGCGGAAUGCUAGAAGCUCCUUUCUUAACUUCAAUUGCUAAUUGCAAACUAAAUACAAUGUUUUUGGACAAUAAUAGAAAGAUGAAGUCUGUAAGUUUCAGUUCAAACGUGUCGUUAGUGUUAGAGUAGACGAAUAUGAAGGCUACAGAUGAGCGAACGUAAGGAAAGCAAUUUUUCAAUCCAGUAAGCGUUGAAUAAAUUUUAUGUAAUCGAAACUGUGGUUUAGGAUAAUGUGUUGCGUAAUGAUUACGCUGUGGAUGUAUAUACAUUUAUAGGAAAUUUAAAAUCUUCAAAAAUGUAUAGGACGUAUGGUUUCGAAUAUAUUUCGUUUAAUGUUGAACAAAAUUUUCAUUUUUAUGUAACUCUUCUAUGAAUAGUUGUUCUUUGUUGUAGCUUUUCUCGUCAUAUUUAAUGCAUUACACUUUUUUUAGUGUAAAAUUCAUGCCUUUCUAAAACUUCCAUGAAUAACUAACAUAUAUCUAUAUUUCAACAUGGCAACGUUCAUGUAAAUAUCUUCCAUUUGCAUAAAUUUUACUAUCUUUUGCAACUUCUACCUCUGCUCCAGUUCUACAACUAACACUUUUCAUUUUUUCCUCAUUAUGCUACACAUAAUUCCUGUCAGAGUAGAAAAUCAUAUUCCCUUACCAAAAAAAAAAAAAAAAAAAAAAAAAUACUAUUCUUUCCUACGUCACAAGUACCAAAUGCCCAGAAAUCGUAUCUUGUUUCCAUGAAAUUCUUAUAAUUCCUGUAAAUUGAUUCUUUUCUUUACCACAAAUACCGAAAUAUCCAAAAAUUACAAUAUCUUGAUCCCAUAAUUCUCUAAAUUCCUGCAAACUACAGUAAAAUAAAGAAUCUUUCUUAUAUCAAGCGCCAUAUAUCCCAACACACAAAUUCCUAAGAAACAACUUGCGCAAUUCCAUAAAAUUCCUACGUCUUCCCUAAAUUCUAGCAAAAUAAAAGAGAAGAAAAACGACUCGUAGAAUCCAUGCCGGGCAAAUCCAAAGCGAAGUAACAUCUCUACUUUAUUAUAAUCUCUGAGUGCCAAUACUUUUGCGUGCAGCGAGCGCAAGCUCGUUCGAGGAACUCGGUUCGCCCCGAAACAGAGGGCCCGUUAUAAAUAGGCGACGCGUUUCCAAACGAGGACGGACAUAUGAACGUGACUUAACGCAGGAAAGAGAAGGGUUAAGGAGGCAACAACAUGAAGCUAGCUCGCGAUAUGAAGCGCACCGUGCAAUGUCGAGUGCCGUGAAUCUAUUUUCGAGACACAUGGCAUUCCUGCUGUGUGCAUCGCGAAAUUACGAUAACGCAAUCGUGACUUAAGUGCUGGACAAGUACGGUACCUUCCUGGAAAGAUAUUCCUGCUUUUCAUAGGCAUCUUCUCCGUCUCUUGCACGCGGUUGUUAAAGAACUUCGAAUUACCGACUUCCUCCAACUUCUUCCAACGAUCAGCACCUCGUCGAAGUAGGAAAAUUCAAAGUAAGCUCGAAGUCAUUUCACGAGAUCGGUUAGUGGACGCAUAAAGUUAUUACAUUGUUCCGUGAAAAUUAUAGUCGUCGUAUAUAUUGCUAUCCCUCUCUUUGUCCCGAUAUAUAGCGAAUCGGAUAGCAGAAUGGAGAACGACUUGUAAAAACGAGCAAAUUUUCACAAGCGAGCAUUAAAAUGAACAAAGCCAGUACGAGGAACGCAAUUUUGCUGUCGUUAAUUUCUGCCGCAUAGAAUCGUUCCUCGAAAAUGAAAUUCGUCACCAUUCGCCAGCCACCUCCAUUUCCAUGUAGACAUUUUUUUUCUAUCCCUCUUAUUCGAUCCUAUCGUCCACAGUUACAAUUUUCAAUCCUCCCGUCUAUUUCGCAUCGGAUAUUUUCCUCUGGCGAGGAAAUGGAGUAGAGCUGGUCCUUCGAGCAACAACGUAUAAUGGUAAUAACCGAGCCACGAUCCUGUCGAUUGCAGCACUCGAGGAAACAUUUCUUUUUUCAUUCUUUUUUUUUUUUUUUGUUCUUAUAAUAAAUUUCUUUCUUUGGUUGACAUGUCGAAUUGAUCAUCGAUGGCGUUUAUUGAAAUAGCUGUUAUUUGCAUGGUGAAAUACGUGUGCGAGUCGAGCCAGUGGUCGUGAGAAAAUUACAAGAUGUAGGAUACAGGUUAAAUUUUGUUUUAGGGCAUAGGACAUUUUUCACGAAUUUAUACAUGUAUUUUCUGAUAAUACUUACGAAAUGAGUAGAGGCCGGGAAUGUUAGAUUUGAAUUUAGGGAACUUCUGAAAUUUAAUCCAAACUUAACGCACGUCUAAUCUAGCUGAAACCUAAUCCUAACUCAAAGUACAAACUCGACGCUGUGAUUCACGGUUUUGUGACUGCAUCGGCCUGCAUCGAAUAUUGCAAUUUUUGCAACAAGAGUAACUUUUAAUUUGAAAGUUUCUUAAACUUAAAAGCUACGUUUUUCGACUCUAUUCGCCGAGUGUAGUGUCUGAAAAUACAUACGGGGAUCGGUUAAAAGCUUUUGGUGUCUUGAAACGAACGAGGACAAAAUACAACGUUUUGAAAUGUAACAGAAUACUUCAUUCAAUAUACCAUGGAAUUAUCCGUUAUCAAUAAAAAGCAAUCUUAAUUUUCCAAUAUCUCCUUUAUAGAAAUCGAUACGUUCUGAUUUAAAAACUAACGACGUAUGUUCAUCGACAGCUUCAUCCUUGAAAUGUGCAGCUGAAACGAAACUAUAAAUGUUACGAUGUACUGUCAGCAAUUGAAAAAUCUUGAAGGAAGAUACCAUCCAUUUUAAGUUUCAAGGGAAUAAAAUUAAAAAAUCAUAAGUAGAAAUUUCUUCAAAGAUUUUAGUAUAAUACUAGUUCGUUUUAAGCAUCAGUUAAUUAGAGUUUGUCGAUCGAAUUGCUAUUUAUCAGGUGUUUCACGUUUCUAUAUUUUAUUUAUCUCCACUGACUCGACUCGUUGACCGCCGUAUAAAACUGAAGAGGAUGAAACGCAGACCGAGGAGAAAACGAAAAACCAUGGACUGAAGUGCGUGCACUGUUUUUCGAGCGCCAUUUCGUUUCUCUUUGUUCGAUUAAAUAAAAGGAAGAAGAUUGAAAAGGAACGCGUUUCGCGAUCAGAUCCAGCGUUUUUAAAAGGAUUCGCGGUAUUCGCGUGUAAUUGCCGACGAAUAUAUAUAUAUAUUAAAUUGCGAUAUGUAUACAGCAUACACAUGUAUAUGUACAAACGUAUAUAUAUAUAUAUAUACAUAUAAAUAUUAUAUGUAUAUGAAAGAUGUCUAGAAGAGAAAUAAACAUUCUUACGUGCAAGGAUUAUGUGCUAGCCUAGUGCCUAAUAUACUAUAUAAUAUAUAUAUAUACAUUCGUAUUUAUAACGAGGGCGAACGUUUUAUCGUUUCACCUGUGGAAAACACUUAUUGUAAAUAUGAGUAUGGAAAUAUAUAUGUGAGUGUUCAAGGAA